AUGACAAACAGAAUUAAAUCCACCAGGGCAUUAAGCACAAGCAGUAUACCGGCCUAUGCUUUGAUACGUAAACUUCAUUUUGAACUAUCUCCAGAUAAACCAAUUCAUCGACCUGUUCAAUCCCUCUUUUCGACAUCCAGCGGAUUUAACAACUUUCGUGGUCUGUUAAAUCUGGCUGCCUUUAUACUUGUCAUCUCAACAUCUAGAAUGGCAUUAGAAAACAUUAUCAAAUAUGGAAUCAUCAUGGAUCCAUUUUCAUGGAUUCGUUUUCUUUUACAAGCUCAACAGAAAUGUGCGGUAAUUGGGUUAUUUGGUUGUACUAAUGUUUUUAUUAUAUUCGCUUGGUUAGUUGAACGUGCAACUGUUCGUGGUUUAGUUGGUGGUAAAUUUGCAAUGGUGCUUAUUGGUUGGAAUUUAUUUUGCCUGCUCACCUUCCCGACCAUCAUGAUCUUAUCAAUGGAUUUUAGUCCUUUGUUUAGUGCUCCUGUGCUUGGAGUGUACACUAUUGUUUUUCUGAAACUAUUUUCGUAUGCUGCUGUUAAUCGGUGGUGUCGCGAAUCAGAUGAAGACGGGGAUUGCAAUGUAGAUGUGGUUUUGGGUGUAUUGGGAAAGUCGACACCGAAAUCAGCUCCCACUCAUAAUGCCCAUAUCAGCAAACCUGAGAAUUUGAAUCCAAAACCUAUUAACAAUAAUGUUAAUUCUCAUCAAUUCGAUGAUUAUUCUGAGACGAUUAAUAAAUACAAUUCAGUCAAUGAAUCUUCGGAAGAAAAUCAUGUAUUCAAGCGAAAAUGUUCUCUAGUGUUAGAGCAUCCAGAUAUUAACUUUCAAGAAAAUGGAGUGAAUACUAACGCAGAGAGCAAAACCAAUGACUUGCGAUUAGAAAAUGAAAACAACUCUGAAGUCACACAUGAAGCUACCCGAAAUAGAAGAAAUAAAAUUCCAAAUUUUUCUCCGAAUUCGAUGACUUCGGAAAAUAAUGCAAAAUCAACAAAGCAUCUUAGCCAAUUACAUAUGAAACAUAAAAGUCAAUUUAGAAAAUCUCAACAUUCAAGGCUUAGUGUAUGUGAAAGCAAGGAUUACAAUAGCAUUAGCUCAGACCCAGUUGAAUUAGAAGUAAAUGUAUUGGUACACGAUGAAACUUGCAUGAAAUUUAGUCGUAAUUUAUACGUUACUUAUCCAAAUAACUUAACACUAUGGGACAUAUACUAUUUCAUCCUUUCACCAACAUUGUGCUACGAAUUAAACUUCCCGCGCACAAUGACAAUAAGGAAACAGUUUCUGUUCAAACGUGUCUUCGAAUUGAUAUUCAUUCCCCAACUUAUACUCUGCUUGAUUCAACAAUGGAUUCUACCUAUACUGUCAAACAGUUACGUCCCAUUCACAGAAUCAAGAUUUAGCUUGAUUGUUGAACGUUGUUUGAAAUUGGCCAUACCAAAUCAUCUCAUAUGGUUACUGUUUUUCUACCUUGCAUUUCAUUCCCUAUUAAAUGUAAUUGGAGAGGUUUUAUACUUUGGUGAUCGAUUCUUUUACAGCGAUUGGUGGAAUGCGGAAUCUGUGCCAGCGUUUUGGUCAAAAUGGAAUAUUCCUGUCCAUCGUUUUGCUAGACGGCAUAUAUACAUACCCCUUUUACGGUCAGGGUUCAGCCGCUUCCAAGCUGGUUUAGUUGUUUUCAUGAUUAGUGCAUUUUUUCAUGAAAUACUUGUUUCGAUCCCAUUGAAAAUGCUACGAUUCUGGGCCUUCUUUGGUAUGCUUAGUCAAGUACCAUAUGCCUACAUAGUUUCACGCUUAUUCCCUAAUGGUGGUCAAGGUGGUAACUUAGCUGUGUGGCUUACGUUAAUAAUUGGUCAACCAUUAGCUAUUCUCGCUUAUUUCCAUGACUAUUUUAUAAUACAUUAUAAUGUUGGUGGAAUAUAA